AUGAUGUCAGCUCAGGAACCCCCAAUCUGGCUUUAUGUGCAGUCUAUGACCACGACGUCCAACAAUAGCUUGACCACGACGCCAUCCUCUUUCUCAACCCUUAAGGCUUCCGUAUCUUCGGCCCUUCCGCCUCCAGGAUCUGCGAAUCGACUGAAGCAUAAGGCAUCUUCUGAGCUUACCAAGCCAUCAUCAAACGGGAAGAAGGCGAAACAGGCGCCGGGCAAGAAUGCUUCAACCACGGGAUCUAGCGCUACACAGUCUCCAAUGGUUGACUCGACAUCACCCAUCACACUCGCACUCAAUCUGUGUCUGCAGACGAGCAUCUGCAACUAUCUCAAGCAGACAUCUAUGAUGUGCGACGCAUCGCUGGCUAAGAGAUGUGUUGGCUAUCUGGAAACACCAGAUUCCUACAAGCACAUGUUCUUCGCUCGACACGAAAAACCAAAAAGACCAAAAUACAACACAGUCCACUCAGUGUUCGACGUCAUGCAGCAAGAUGUCGAUGAUUCAAUAUCAGUCGAAGACCAGCUGAAGCUUGCGCAUAAGGCUGCCCUUGCAAUCCUUCAGUACGGUAAUACACCCUGGCUAUCGGAAGAGUGGCAGAGUUGGCGCCUGCAUCAACUCAGCUACUUUGGAAACUACACAAACUUCAACGAGACGUCACUGGAGACACUCCACCUCAGUUCGCGCAUCACAGCACCCAGACAACCUGCUGCUAUAGCCAUGGAAGGUAUAAAAUCCACAGCUGAAACGAGCCACGAGAUCAAAGACGGUAUCAACAGUCUUCCACUCUUCUUUCUCGGCGUCGCGCUUCUCGAGAUUGCGCACUGGAAACCUAUAGAGAAGAACAUGACAGGCAAAGAUGACAACAAUCAAAUCUACACCGCUCGCCGCCUGGCAUCUGGGCGAGCACCCUUAGGGCCUGUAUAUCAGAGGAUCGCGAAGAAGUGCUUACAAUGCAACUUCGGAGUUGGUACCGAUCUCGGCAAGGAUGAUCUACGAGCAGCGGUGUAUAACGAUGUUGUGUGCGAGCUUGAAGACAUGAUAAAGCAAUUGAGUAUAUGA